AUAUUAAAUCGAGAGGGGCCAUGGUGGAACAAUGAGUAGUUGUUGAGAUUGAUGAGGUGUGAACAGAUAAUCUCCUUUUUCCUUUAUCUGUCUAAGCUUCAAUUCUGCCUUUAUAUAAGCUCAGUGUAAGGUUGGUUGCCACAACACAAUUACACACGAAUUUCCUUAGUUAGGCAUUGCUUUAAUUUGCAAGUGUGUGAGAUGGGAAAAAUGGAACCUCUACCUUUGCUUUCACUAAACCACGUUUCUUUUGUAUGUAAGAGUGUGAGUGAGUCUGUGAAAUUCUACCAGGAUGUCCUUGGAUUUGUGCUCAUCAAGAGGCCAUCUUCUUUCAAAUUUGAAGGGGCUUGGUUAUUCAAUUAUGGCAUUGGCAUUCACCUGCUAGAGUCAGAAAAGGUUCCGGUGGAAAAAAGAGAGAUCAACCCGAAAGAAAAUCAUAUAUCGUUUCAAUGCUCAGACAUGAAAGUUAUAAUGCAGAAACUGGAUGCAAUGAAGAUUGAGUAUGUGAGAGCAGUUGUGGAAGAGGGUGGAAUUAAAGUUGAUCAGCUCUUCUUUCAUGACCCAGAUGGAUAUAUGAUAGAAAUAUGCAACUGCCAAAAUCUCCCUGUGCUUCCCAUUUCCUCAUGCCCUCUAAAGCAGCUCGCAGCAGGGGAAGCUACUACAUUGAACAUUAACUGCUUUGCAGACGAAUCUGUGUCUAUGCUGAUGAUGGACAAUUUGGUGAUGGAUAUGUUGAAGAUUUCAAUAUAAUUAAGGCUUUUUAUCCAACGAGAGGAAAGGGAGAAAUAAACGGUAACAGUAAAAAAAAAAAAA